AUGGAUAUCAAAAUCGUAAUCCCUGAUGCUUCCUAUGCUGAGACCCUUUCUAAAUUGGGUGCUCGUUUGUUUGCAGAUACGUUUGCCGAAGACAAUCCUCCUGACGAUCUUCAGUCGUACCUAGAUUCAGCCUACAAGCCUGAAAUUCAAACCAAGGAAUUAAAUGACCCCACUAUCACAACCUACAUGGCAUUCGAUCAGGAUAACCAACCUGUAGCAUUUUGCCAACUACGUCAAAACAAGGAUGUUUACGACUUUGUAGGCGAUCCAGAUGCUAUCGAGUUGCAGCGCAUUUAUGUCGAUAAGCGAUGUGCAGGCAAGGGUGUGGGCAAGAAGCUAUUGGCAGAAUGUAUCGCUACGGCCAACAAGAUGGGUAAAAAGACCAUGUGGCUCGGCGUAUGGGAACACAACCCAAAUGCUAUCAAGUUUUAUGAAAAACAAGGUUUCCGCAAAGUCGGUGCUCAUACUUUCAAAGUUGGAAACAAGUUGGACACGGAUCAUAUUAUGAUCAAAUCGCUCUAG